GCGCUCUGGUAAUGAUGCGCGCGGGGACUCGAUCUCGGUGUUGAUUGGUCACCCGCUAUGAGAGACUUCAUCCCGUCUGCAUCAGCAUGACUUCAGUUCUCCAGAACCACCACAGCAGAACACCAGAACCCAACACAACUCACACGGAUAUGGGGAGCGCGUGUUAUCAGCACUUUUCGGUGAUUUGCUGUUUAGUUUGGGCUAUCGGCAGCUUUUAUUCAGCUGUUGAAAGCUAUCCAAGUCCACUGACAGAUUGUGACGAUUAUGGAGAUUAUAUUCAGGGCUCGGCGUUGCUAAGUUCUCUGUGUGGUGUGGAGUGGAGGAACCAGGACCAGGAGCAGAUUCAGAAUGUUUUUAAGAGGUUCCUGUUUCAUUAUUCCAAAGCACACAACUCAGUCGGCUCAGUAGAGAGAGAGUCUCAUUCGGUUCAUCCGUUGAUGCGUCUCUCGCCGAAACUCUCUCUGCGCAGGAAGAAACAGAAGCUGAAGAACGUUUGCGGCACUCCUGGAAGAAAAAUUCGAGACGUCCUCUGUUCUUAUCUGGGAUUCUCUCUGACACCGUAAUGCCUGAAAUGUGUUAAAGCUGCAUUAGAGUUGCUGUCAAACUACAAAAAACGACCAGAUUUCAUUAAAACCUCUUUUAAUAAAUGUAACCUCAUGCUUGC